UUAAGAAAAAAGAGACUAAAUUUGUGUGAUUGUAAAAUUUAGGUUUAAGUACCAUUUUGGUCCUCAACUUUUCAUUUUGGUACUAAAAUUGUCCUUCAACUUUAAAAAGUAUCAAAAUUAUCCUCAAACUUUCAUUUUCGGUACCAGAAUGACUUCCGAGUUAGUUGAGUUAGUCCCGGGUUUACCUCCGGAACUCGAUCUGGAGUGCCUGAUUCGCUUACCUUACACUGGCGUUCACCGUGUGGCUUCCGGUGUUAGCCGGCGAUGGCGGGAUUUACUUCAAAGUCAGGAUUUUUAUUAUCACAGGAAGAGGUAUGGGUAUACUCAUAAAGUUGCUUGCUUGGUUCAAGCUUUUACUGCUGUUGCUGCUGGAGUCGUUGAUGGGCAAAAACCAGGUGACUUACCGGGUUAUGUGGUUACUGUGUUUGAUUCUGUGAGUCAGUCGUGGGAGCGACUUGACCCGGUACCCAGUCACCCAAAUGGGUUGCCUUUCGGUGGAGACAGGGGAAGGAGAUGCCGUCAAAGCGGUCGUUUUUCCGCAGCCGGGGCUUGUUUGGGUCGGGUCUAUGUGGCAGGCGGGCACGAUGAGAACAAGAACGCGUUGAGAACCGGAUGGGUUUAUGAUCUGAGAGUGGAUGAGUGGACGGAGUUGCCUCCGAUGAGUCAAGAGCAUGAUGAAUGUGAAGGGGUGGUUUGAGAAAACCCAGAGCCUGGGUUUGCAGAGGUAAGAAAACCCAGAUCUGGGUUUGAUCUGGAAAGGAUGAAGGGAGAAGAGAGACUCUGAUUUUGAAAACCCAGAUCUGGAAAUGAUGAAGGGAGAAGAGAGACUCUGAUUUUGAUUUUGAUUUUGGAGAGAAAGAAUAAGAAGGACGAUCUGAU